AUGGUGGUGUCUAAAGCCGGAUGGGUUCUGAGGCCCGGUCGGUUGCCCGCUUUUAUCUUCCGAUAUCCGCAUUCGGUGCUCGUCGUAAUACGACUUUUCUCCAUGGUAAGAAACAUUUCAAGUUGUUAUCAAUUUUCUUCCACAAAUCUUACAAAAAAAUAAAAGAAAAUCUGACAUAAAGGUUGAGAACUUUGUCAAAUUUAGAGAUUAGAAUGCAAAUCAAUGCAUGUUUUUCAAGUUCGACAUUAGGAUUUGAACUAUUACAUACACGUAUAUCUGAUGUCAAUUAUUCAAAAUUUUAGUCUGUAGUUUAUAAGUACAGCCACUCUAACUGUGUAUUUAAUACGAACCCUAAAAAUAAAAAAAUAUUGAAUAUCGGAAGUCAAAGGCUCUCUAAUUUUGUUUCAAAGGGCUUCUUCAAAUUUCAGUUCAAAUGUAAAUUGACCCCAUUCCUAUUCAUGAUGUUCUUUACUGGGCCAUUAUAUAUUCAUUUCCGAUCUAAUUUUAGAUAUGCUCAAUAUGCACUUUAAUGAUUUGGCACUCCGCGCAGCGCCAGUUCUCCCAUGACUCUGGUUUCAAUCUGAUCGCCAUCUUCGACCUGCUCAGUUUGUUGUGUAUAUUGCUGUCGUUGUGGUUUACUAUUCAGAAAUUUUAUUAUGUCAAAUUGGUAAGCAAAAAGCUUCGUUUCAUUUUAAUUUUUACGCAUUUUUAGGACGCGGCGUUCAGUUUAACCUCAGUGAUUUUCAUUUUGGGUGGAGUGGCGGUAACCGGGUCUGUUAGCGAGGAUGUGAAUACAAAUGAUCUGUUUUAUAUUAUUGGAAGUUCUUUUUGGUCAAUUUUUACAAAAAUUGUGACCUCUUGAUUGCACUCAAGUUUGAUGACUAAACUCUAAACAAGCCGCGUUUUAUCUCUAAAAACUACAUCUGGCGCUUUGCAGAUAUUUAUUAAUUCGCACUUGGGGUUACUGUAGCCUCCCAAGGACCUAUUUUUCGACCACAAAAUCUUCAAUAACAAAGUUUCCUUUCUAAACUUCCAAAUCCACUGCUUUGUUUCAGGUGUGUCACCUCUACCUCUUCGUUGCUCAAAUCUUUUCAUUUGGCUGGGCCAUUUUGUGCACCAAAAACACGGCCAGCAAGUUGUUUAUUUCCAAUUGGGGACGAAACAUCAGUCCUACGGAGAUUGAGAUGCUCGAAGAUGACUUUUGA